AUGGGUUUGACGAAUCUAUUCAAUCGGAAGAAGAACAACGGUAAAGAUAAGUCCAUCGUUGAAGAAACAAAUCCCACAAAAACAACGCCUGUGGUAUCUCCUGUCAAUUCGUUUGACUCUCGUUUGCGGAUCCAGGAGGAAUUAGAGCAUGUGUUCAAGAAAUUCGAUGUUAAUGGCGACGGGAAGAUCUCGUCGUCGGAGCUGGGGUCGAUCAUGGGAAGCCUUGGUCACCGGCCGUCGGAUGAGGAAUUGGAUCGAAUGAUCGUGGAGGUGGACGCCGACGGCGAUGGGUUUAUUGAUUUGGGAGAGUUCAUCGAGUUGAACACGAAGGGGAUCGAUUCCUCGGAGUUGUUGGAGAAUCUGAAAAACGCGUUUUCGGUUUUUGAUAUUGAUAAAAACGGGGCGAUCACGGCGGAUGAGUUGCAGAACGUUUUGGGUAGUUUGGGGGAGGAGUGUACCAUCGGAGAGUGCCGGAAGAUGAUUGCCGGCGUCGACCAAGAUGGGGACGAGAAGAUCAGCUUCGAUGAAUUCAAGGUAAUGAUGAUGAUGGGAUCACGAUUCGGUGAGAUUGAAUCAAUAUCGAGUUGA